AUGCAGGCUCUCUUUUGUCAGGAACAAGUGACUAGACUCGGCUCGGGGAGUUUUUUCCUAGUUGUGUCGGCCCAUCUUCUGCGGCCCUGGAUUUUGACUGUCAUGGGAUCUAAGCGAUUCCAGUCCUGGAGGUACGAAAGGACGAUUCAGCCGCUGGUAGGCUCGUUCAAGAACAUGGGAUACUUGUCAAGUGACUCCGGCGCCCUGCUCUUUCCUCAGCCGACCCUUCACGCUAUCUCGAGCCCUGUUCGCCUCGUGAGGUGGUGCACUCAGGAUCAUUGCCAAACUUUACCACUCUCGCCACCUUCCCCGCAGCCGAGAGUUGUUUUCACGAUGAUUACUGGCGAGGUUCUCGGACCAUUGACCCCGAAUCCUCGAAGUGCUUACCGGAUUCGUCUUGGCUGGGCAGGUGGGCAUGCCGUGUAUUCUGGGAUGAAGGAUCCAGAUCUGCAAGAGCAGCAUCGAAGCCGAGUCCGAAGUUACGGGAGACUACCUCGGAGGUACAUCUCUCACCCUGGAGCCAUCCAGUCCCGAGUCCCUCGCGAAUGGCUUGGGUACUAA